CCGUUCAGUGGAACAGGGGAGCGAUCUUUCAGAAAUUACCGGAGCAUUCGUCGAUCUGUGUCCAGGGCGGUUACUUCGUGGUGGCCCCCGUUGUAAGGAGCACCUCCUUUUAAUACAGUCAACAAGCAUAAGUGGCACUAAACAGUGCGUAAUCGGUGGACAAUCGAAAGUGGCGGUGCAAAGGGCCCCUUGCAGAGGCACAUUCUUAACCCGAAUUCUUCGAUCGCCGACUGGGCCCAGUAACCUUCGCAAUGGCUGUGUACUUGAUGCCGAAAAAUCGAUUGUUCGCGAAGGCGGUCAACUUGAAUCCGAACCCCAAACAGUGGACUACACGAUGGACUAUUGUGCAGCGCACGAUCUAUGGUAGCCGACAUCAGCAGCAGCAGCAGCAGCACCAAAGCACCUCCAGCCAUCAGCACCACCAUCAGCAGACGGCAUCAGGUAAAUCUCGUAGCAAAGUCCGCAGAAAGUGGAGUUGGAAGGCCGGCGCCGGCUGGACUAUAUUAUCGGUUUUGGAUUGGUGGUUACUAGCAGCGGGCGGCUGGCUAACGUGGCGCGGUGUGUUCCUACGCUGGACACCAAUCAGUAUCUGUAUGGUGGUGGCAGCCAAGUGGCACCUUCACAAUCGUGAACUCGAUAAGAAGGGCCUCCCGCGAACGGCCGCCAAAUGGCAGGCAAAAGUGUACUGCUCGCUGCCGCUGCGCGUCAUGAGCCGGGCGUGGGGCUGGAUGGCCGAUCGCAAAGUACCCAAGCCAGCCCGUCCCGUCCUGUACGGUCUUUACUCGCACACCUUCGGAGUGAAGAUGGAGGAGGCGGCCACAGCAGAUUACAAAGAGUAUCGUAGUUUGGGUGAAUUUUUCACUCGUCCGCUCCGGGAAGAUGCACGUCCCAUCGAUUCCAACACCUGCAUGGUGUCGCCCUGCGAUGGACGGAUACUACACUUUGGAGCGGCCAACUCAAGUCAGAUCGAGCAAGUCAAAGGUGUGUCGUACAGUUUGGAAGCCUUCCUGGGACCCCCGACGUGGUGUAAAAAGGAUGCCCCGGAGAUGGUGGAGAAGGUGAAAAAGAAGCCCUCGCCCGACAGUGUGCUGUACCAGUGCGUCAUCUACCUAGCGCCCGGUGAUUAUCAUCGCUUCCAUUCGCCCACCGUGUGGAAACCGGAACUUCGGAGGCACUUUGCGGGAGAGCUACUAUCCGUGAGCCCGAAGAUUGCCGGUUGGAUGCCGGGGCUGUUCUGUUUGAACGAGCGGGCGGUCUACAUCGGCAAGUGGAAGCACGGAUUCUUCAGCUACACGGCCGUCGGAGCGACAAACGUUGGCUCGGUUGAGAUUUUCAUGGACGAAAAGCUGAAAACGAACCAAUGGGUCGGGUUGGCGUGCGGCAGUCACAAGAAGAAGAAAAAAGGGGCAGCCUACGACGAGCUGGAGCUACCGAAGGAUCAGUUUCUUGGCAAAGGAGAGCUCGUUGGCCAGUUCCGGAUGGGCAGCACGAUUGUGCUUAUUUUUGAGGCACCCAAAGAGUUUAAAUUUAAUUUAUUCCCCGGCCAGCGGGUACGCGUUGGCGAGAAGCUCGGGACGUUCGAAGGAACCGAGGAGCAGGAGGAGGACCCCGAGGAAGUGAAGCGCAUCAUCGAAUCGUUGUGCGACUCGGAGGUGACGGCAUUGUGAAAGUAUUCUCGACCCACCGUUUCCAGUGUGGCACAGCCCCGGAGUGUCCUCUUUAGUUUAAAAGCAUCCACCUCAUCAACACACCGUCGUCGUACACCUAGUGACACCGCACCGUUUCGCGCUGUGGGUGUUUGUUCCGCACCAGAUGUUGAUUCCAACUGAGUACCUCCCCCUUACGUUACCCGCUCAUGCUCAACACGAGGGCGCGCGAAGUUUCUCUUCCGGGACCGGAACCGGAACCGAGUGACUGUCGCGCGGACAGUAGUACAUAUUGUACUCGUGGAUGGAUGGGACCGAACGUCGGCCCGCAAACCAUCCACAAGGACGGGGGCUUCGAAGCCGCUGUGCAGUGUAAAGACUUUUAGAUUUUAGACAGCGGAAACCCCCCGGAACCAUAAAGUAGCGACACGAGAUGAGAUUAGCCUACCAGCUGUUUGUGGCACUUGAUCAGCGUGCGCGAACAUUUACCUCAAGCUUGCCGGUAACACGAAGACUCUGGUAAGCGUACAGUAUCGGUAAGGCCAGCCGUCGACGUGCAAUCGGUGCACCGUACCGCGGAAUCGGUACGAUGAUGGAGAAUUAUGCGAUAGCGGCCGGCGAGAAAAGAUUUCAAAUAAAUAACAUAUUUUUACUG